GCGUGACUUCCGGCGACUACAGUGGGAUCACAGAUGGCGACACCGGAACCCUACCUGUGGCUUCACAGUCCGCCCGGAGGGCCGCCUCCUAUUCCGCUCCCCCCGGCGGGCCACAGCCUCGUUUUGGGCCGGGGUCCACUUACUCGAGUCACCGACCGAAAGUGCUCUCGCAGACAAGUGAAGCUGAUCGUGGACCCAGAAUCUCAAAUCGUGAUGGUGACUCAGCUGGGCGUGAAUCCCUCCACUGCCGGGAGUACCCUGCUGGGCCCCGGCUCCCAGGCACAGCUGGCCAUCGGGGAGACGCUGCUGCUGGUGAACGGCCUGUAUCCGCUGACUCUGCGCGGGGCUCCGGACUCCCCACAGCCAGAACCGCGGCCCAGCAGCCCCGAGGCGCCCCCCAAGAAGCGGCCUCGCUGCUCUGAUGGCUGGCAGGAGCUCGGGCACCUGCUGAGGUUCACAGCCCCUGGAGUUCAGCCCCGAGAGAAGGUGGCCGGCUUUGACCUGGACGGAACCCUCAUCACCACUCGGUCAGGGAAGGUCUUCCCCACCGGCCCUGAGGAUUGGAGGAUUCUCUUCCCCGGGAUCCCCAAGCGGCUCCGGGAGCUCGAGGCCAGUGGCUACAAGCUUGUCAUCUUCACCAACCAGCUUGGCAUCGGGCGGGGGCGACUCCGCCCCGGAGACUUCCAGACCAAGGUGGAGGCCGUGCUGGCCGCCCUGGGAGUGCCUUUCCAGGUGCUGGUGGCCACGAGCUCGGGCAUCUACCGGAAGCCAGUGACCGGCAUGUGGGACCACUUGUGCGAGCAGGCUAACGAGGGGGUCCCAAUCUCUUUGGCCGACAGUGUCUAUGUGGGAGAUGCCGCAGGCCGUCCAGCCAACUGGGCUCCCCGCCGGAAGAAGGACUUCUCCUGUGCAGACCGGCUGUUUGCCCUGAACCUCGGUCUGCGGUUCUCAACCCCGGAAGAGUUUUUCUUGAACUCGGCUCCAGUCCACUUCGAGCUUCCAGAGUUUGACCCGAGAACACUGAGCCCCGAUGGCCCGCCAUGCCUGCCCCCCUCCGGCCCGCUGGUGGGCCCUGGCCCCGAGAUCGUCGUGGCUGUUGGCUUCCCUGCUGCCGGGAAAUCCACUUUCCUCCAGGAACACCUGGUGUCUUCAGGCUACGUCUAUGCAAACCGGGACACGCUGGGCUCGUGGCAGAAGUGUGUGGCAGUGUGCACAGAGGCCCUGAAGGCCGGGGGCCGAGCCGUAGUGGACAACACGAACCCCGACCCUGCGAGCCGGGCCAGGUACAUCUCCUGUGCCAAGGACGCCGGGGUGCCCUGCAGAUGCUUCUAUUUCAUCGCCUCGCUGGAGCUGGCCAGACACAACAAUCGGUUCCGAGAGAUGAUCGGCUCCCCGCACCCCCCAGUGUCGGACAUGGUCAUGUUCAGCUACAGGAAGCAGUUUGUCGCCCCCUCUCUGGCCGAAGGCUUCUCCCAGAUCCUGGAGAUCCCGUUUCGCCCCCAUUUCGCAGAUGCCCAGCACGAAGCCCUGUACUACCAGUUCUCCGAGGGCUGAGCCCACCCCAGACCCCCAAUAAAAGUUAUUUUCCCAGCA